AUGAGACUAGCGCAGGUCAGCACGCUCGACCGCCGUGGAAGUGAUCAAUCAUCGCGAUGCCCCCCUUUCGCAUCCACUUCGGGUGCAAAGUUAUGCAGACAGUCCAGGGGCAGUCAGUCUCGCGAACGACGGAGACACGCCAACAAGCCAACCACCUGCAGCGCUGUGCCCUCGAGCAGGAGACGGUGCAAGACCUCGCAUCGCGUGCUGCAGAAGUCGUCGGCGCAGCUUCAGACCGCCUAUCUGACCGCUCAGGCUGACUCCGAGUGGUUUCAAUCGCUGCCUCCAAAGGUCCAGCAGCGCCAUUUCAGCGUCGAGGAGCAGACCCGUCUCGGUGGCUGGCGCUCCAGUGUCAUCUUCGACGCCGCCGACCAGGCCCUCUACAAGUUCGGAAGCACGCCUGGAGAGUCCUCGCUCUCGCUGCCCGCUACCUCUACCUUGUCCCGCUCCUCGUCGAUAUCAAGCAUGUCGUCGACCGCCCGGUUCGCGGAUUCCGGCAUUGAUGUCGAUGGCUCACUCUAUGACAGCUUCAGAUGGCUGGACGAGGAGGACGAUAUCGACCUCUCCCUCGACUACCAUGCGCAUCUCGCAGAGGCCGCCGCUGCCUCCAAGAAGGCCAAGUCGUCCCAUCGCAGACGGCCGUCUUCCUUCCGGCGCACAUUCUCCAUCUCCUCUUCCUCGAACAAUAUCAGCGCACUCCCGUCUCCUCGCAUGCGCAGCCAGACGGCCUCGCAGCCACACCCUCUAUCCUUCAACCCUCACUUCCAGAACAGCAACAACUCACGGUCACGCUCGGUAUCAAAGUCCGUACCGACACCACACCUACCCUCCCACCUACCGCAAUCACCCCAGGGCUCCAUCGACCACCCGGCCCAGUUCUACCAGGACCCCGAAGCCCGUCUCAAGCUGAGAGUCUAUCUCGCCUCUCCGCAAAAGUUCGACGAGGCCAUCGAGUUCGGCUUCCCUUCGCUCGAACACAACGAUAACCUGGGAACCCCCUUUUUCGACAGGAAAUGGAAGAUGCAGGAAUCUCCCACCGCACACAACUUCCUCGACUCUGACUUCAUCUCUCCCUUGGACAGCAACGGUCCACCCAGCCCGCGCCAGUCCCCGCGACCAGCCACCUCCGCCGCCGACCUGACGGAAAACACAUGGCGGAAGCCAUCGGUAUGCGACUCCCAGCACUCGAGGCCUUCCUUCUCUGAUCGUCGUCCUCGCCCGCACCAGCCCAUGGUCCUCAAUUCAUCCAACCUGGGAAGCAGAGAGAUGACGCUAAAGAUGACCCUGACCCGACCCGACCUCAGAUCGAGCGACCUGCUCUCUUCUCCCAAGACAUCGACCUGUGAAGAAGACCCGCUGAAGCUGGCUGAUCUGCCCGUUGUCGACGAGAAGGCUACUGUCUGGGAUAAGCCUGAGAAGUGUUCAGUCAAGAGCGUGUGGAGGAAGAUUACACGCAGAUGA